GCCCCCGCCGCCCCCCCCCCCCGCCCGGCCCACUCCCCGGAACCGGCGGCGGAGCUGCGGCCGGCCGGCAGUGGAACGGCGACGGCGCCACGGAGCCGCCGGCAUGAGCGCCCUCGGUCGCCCCGCGUCCCCGGCCCGGCUUUUCUGACGAGAGGUGUGAAAGGAUUGCUGUUUUAUUGCAAUCAUGGUGCAAAAAUACCAGUCACCAGUGAGGGUGUAUAAACACCCCUUUGAACUAAUUAUGGCUGCCUAUGAAAGGAGGUUCCCUACGUGUCCUUUGAUUCCAAUGUUUGUGGACAGUGACACUGUGAAUGAAUUCAGGAGUGAAGAUGGGGCUAUUCACGUUAUAGAAAGGCGCUGCAAACUGGAUAUAGAUGCUCCUCGACUGCUGAAAAAGAUUGCAGGAGUUGAUUACGUUUAUUUUAUCCAGAAAAACUCACUGAACUCUCGGGAACGCACUUUGCACAUUGAGGCCCAUAAUGAAACGUUUUCUAAUCGGGUCAUCAUCAAUGAACACUGCUGCUACAGCGUUCACCCUGAAAAUGAAGACUGGACCUGUUUUGAACAGUCAGCAAGUUUAGAUAUUAAAUCUUUCUUUGGUUUUGAAAGUACAGUAGAAAAAAUUGCAAUGAAACAAUAUACCAGCAACAUUAAAAAAGGCAAGGAAAUCAUCGAGUACUACCUUCGUCAGCUAGAGGAAGAAGGCAUCACAUUCGUGCCCCGCUGGACUCCACCUGCCGCCGCCCCCUCUUUGGAGACGUCCUUGUCCUACAAGAAACCAGCAGCGUCACUGACUGUCGUCGUGCCCGACCCCACGCUCAAGGAAGGGCUGAGCGGCGAGCCCCUCAGCACCCCGAGCGGGGCAACUGAGCCCACCGCAGGGACCCCGGACGACAAACUAGACGCAGACUACAUCAAGAGAUACCUGGGUGACCUGACUCCACUGCAGGAGAGCUGCCUGAUCCGGCUUCGCCAGUGGCUCCAGGAGACCCACAAGGGCAAGAUCCCGAAAGAUGAGCAUAUUCUCCGGUUCUUACGUGCCCGGGACUUCAACAUCGACAAGGCCAGAGAGACCAUGUGUCAGUCUCUAACUUGGCGCAAGCAACACCAGGUGGACUACAUCCUCGACACCUGGCACCCCCCCCAGGUCCUGCAGGACUACUACGCGGGCGGCUGGCACCAUCACGACAAAGACGGCCGGCCCCUCUACGUGCUCCGGCUGGGGCAGAUGGACACCAAAGGCCUGGUGAGGGCUCUCGGCGAGGAGGCCCUGCUGAGAUACGUUCUUUCCAUCAACGAAGAAGGCCUGCGACGGUGUGAAGAGAACACUAAGGUCUUCGGCCGGCCUAUCAGCUCCUGGACCUGCCUGGUGGACCUGGAGGGGCUGAACAUGCGGCACCUGUGGAGGCCGGGCGUGAAGGCGCUGCUGCGCAUCAUCGAGGUGGUGGAAGCCAACUACCCCGAGACCCUGGGCCGCCUGCUGAUCCUGCGUGCCCCCCGCGUGUUCCCCGUGCUCUGGACGCUGGUUAGUCCAUUCAUUGACGACAACACCAGAAGGAAAUUCCUCAUUUAUGCAGGAAAUGACUACCAGGGGCCUGGAGGCCUGCUGGAUUACAUCGACAAAGAGAUCAUUCCAGAUUUCCUGAGUGGAGAGUGCAUGUGUGAGGUGCCGGAGGGGGGCCUGGUGCCCAAGUCCCUGUACAGGACCGCGGAGGAGCUGGAGAACGAAGACCUCAAGCUCUGGACCGAAACCAUCUACCAGUCGGCCAGCGUCUUCAAAGGGGCCCCGCAUGAG